AUGAAGCUCGGCUCUGACGACGUGGAGCGCUCGCAGCACGCUGACGCAGAGCAGUGUUGCAAGGACAUCUUCGGCGCCAUCGACGGGUACGACAAGUUUUGGGACCAGUACAAGGGCUUCAACCCCAACAAGAUCCCCGAGCAGUUCAAUCUGAUGGCGAUCAAGGUUGAGGGCUGGAAGAAGACGGCGAAGGUGCUGAGCGGGCUGGUGGUAGAUGACUGCAAGUUGAAUACGAACAAGACCAUCGACGCCGUUCAAGAGUGUGCUGGCGGCGCCCUGGAGGGCAAGAGCUGGACAGAUGGGCUCCAGGCGUCGGCGAAGAUCGAUGCGGUCCUCAAGCACUUCAGCAGCACGCUGUGCUCGUUCGACAUGAAGGCGGGCAAGGCGAAGGUGCAGGCGAUGGAGAAGGCCGUGGGCGCGUACAAGGCCUUGUGCGGCUCGUUCGGCCUCGACCCGAACGCUGCGGUGCUGAGCGAGUCCGAGUCGUGCGCGGCGCUGUGGCACGUCACGACGGCGGAGAAGGCGUGCUGCCUGGCCUUGACGGCGAAGCCCAAGCUCAGCAGGAUGGGGCUGCAGCAGGCCGUGGCCGCAGAGGAGAAGAAGGUCAAGAAGUACGGCGGCUUCGACAAGUUCCAGCCCGCGCUGAAGGAGAGGUGCGUCAAG